AAGUGCAGGAGGCCCUGUGUGUGUGUGUGUGCCCUACCCGGCGUGUGUGUCUGUGUGUGAGAGAGAGAGAGCUUCAACUACACCGCUAGCAUCAUCACACACCUCCACAACUCAACGCCACCAGAGCCCGUCACACAAUCCAAAAUGUCAUCAGGUGGUGAGCCACCCACAUCCCAGGCUUUUACGCCGUUUUGGAUUGCUGGGCCUGGCUCGCCCUCCACCCCCGUUGUUGGCAACCCAGUGGCUAACCCCGUGCCCAGUGCUGACCUCGGCUCUCUUGGAGGACCGGGUGUGGCUAGCAAUGUACAGCCAACAAUGUCACAGGACAUCACUACAAUGGCUAAUGCGGUUCCUCAUGAUGACUUCACAAAUGGUCUUCCAGAAGUGCAGGCGCCUCCACAGCCACAGCAGACUGGGUGCGAUAUAUCAGCAGAUAGAAUGUGCGAGAGUAAGGGCACACUUCGUUAUAGUCCCCACUGA